AUUGCAAGUGUGUUUAUUCCGUAGUGUACGCUCGAGUCGAGCGGUUGUGUGCGCGCGUUUCAAGUGCAGACAAAGACAGAUAGUGCAAGAGCGAGAACGAAAACGAUAACAAAGGAGCCGCCGGCAACAACAACACCAAGGCAGGCAGGCAGCUGCUGCUAGACACAAAGCCGCAAAAAGGACUUGCAAAUAAAGUAAUAAUUAUUGCACAAUAUUUGUUGCAAAAAAAUUAACGAAAUAAAUAUAAACAAAACGAGUGCAGAGUGUGUGUUAUCAAAAGCGAUAAUCAAAAGUGAAAUUAAAUUAAAAAAAAAUUAAUAAAAACGCGCAGAAUCCAAAAUAAAUCAAAUCAUACGAUACUUUAUUAUAUUCACAACAACAACGACAACAACGUCGUCUCGCGAAUUACGGGUCGCGACACCGAUGAUGUCUGGUUAUGUAGAGUAGAACGCAAUACACAGACAUACAAGCACACACAUACAGCAAACAUAGGCAUACUGAGAGGAGACAACGAUAACAACAACACAGCAGACGUAAACACAGACUCACACACACACCCAACACAGCCCCAAAAAGUGGAAAGAGAGCAGCAGGAGCUAAACGGACGCGCUCUUUGUGCGCGCCGUAUUUUUCCGCAAACGAUUGGCGGGCACAAAGUACACACAUACAUUGUACAUAUCAACGGCGACAUCUUUGUACUAAGUGCUUAGUGGCGUCUUAAUUGCUCCCCAUUAUUAUUAAAAACGGAAAUUAAGGGCCGCGUGGAUCUAUCAUAAAUCUAUUUACAACGCACUUCGCCUAAACCAAGUUCAAAAAUCAAAACAAACGCAUACACGCGCAAAGCUCACACAUACGUACAUACAUACAUUCAGACGCACAAUCACAAUGUUGACGAGUGUGUUAAACUUUGCCCAGUGCGUGGCUGAAAUUUCUGUGCUCGGCGGCAUCGAAAUCGCAUCAGUUGCACUUAUUGUGUACUACGUUUUUGCAAAAACUAGAGCACCCGCAAUUAUCGCCAGCUUAUUUCCCAAUUUGAAUCUAAGCUAUCGUUCAUCGCUCGGCAAGUUCAACAGCAUUGGCAGCGACAUACUGAUCACGCUUCGUGCAUCAAAUGAGCCGAAACCACAGAAUGCUGUCGAACAUGGCAUUGGUACACAGAAUAUGUUGCAGUUGACGCCAAACGCUGGCAUUAAACCAUUUAGUCGGAUAUUCAAUUGGGGCAAUAUAUUUCCCUAUGUGGCGCAAGUCGUGCGAAGCGAAAAGUUCGACUAUCGACAGGUUACUGAGAUCGUGCACAACGAUGUGGUCUUCAAGCAUGCCAUUAAACAGGCCGCAGAGCAAACGUUACGCGAGCAACGCUAUGCCAAGAAUGGACAUCGUUUGCUGGGACGCAGCAUCAGUGGUGACAAGGACGAAGAGGAGGACGCCAAGGAGGGCAUCUCUUAUCAACAGAUCUUGCGCAAACAGGAGCAACGUGCCAUUACCAUAUUGCAGGAGAUGGGCUCCACGUUGAACAACUAUUUGCUGGCGUUCACAUCGUGGUUGCUUUACAAAUUGUUGCCUUGUUUCCUGUCGGGUGUCGUGACCAACACCAAGCAGAUCGAAAUGCUUAAGAAUGCCUCGAAUCGUGCUCCCGACACGCCGCUUAUCUUUGUGCCACUUCAUCGCAGCCACUUGGACUACAUUAUGGUCACGUUUAUACUAACAAACAAUGAUAUACGCAGUCCUUUGGUCGCUGCUGGAAAUAACCUGCAAAUACCCGUGUUUGGGUCAUUGUUGCGAGGACUUGGAGCUUUCUUCAUCAAGCGCAAGAUCGAUCCCGUGGAGGGCAAAAAGGAUGUGCUCUAUCGUGCCGCGUUGCACUUGUAUUUGACGCAUGCGCUGAAGCAGGGACACAAUGUGGAAUUCUUCAUCGAGGGCGGACGCACAAGAACCGGCAAACCUUGCAUGCCCAAGGGUGGUAUUCUGUCUGUGAUUGUCAGUGCCUUUAUGGACGGCUCCAUUCCGGAUGCAUUGCUGGUUCCUGUGUCCGUGAACUAUGAGCGCCUGGUCGAUGGCAAUUUUGUGCGCGAACAAAAGGGUGAGAAGAAGGUGCCAGAAACCUUUAGGAAAGCUAUUUCCGGUAUUUGGAAGACCCUCAACUCAAGCUAUGGACUGAUGCGCAUCGAUUUCAACGAACCCUACUCGAUACGCGAGCUCGUCAAUUCGUACAAUAAAAUUGCACUCGAGGAUGGCAGCGCCAAGCUCUACAAACCAGCCGCAAAAACCUUGCAGCACAGUCAGUCGACGUCGUCGCUUUAUGGCACAGAUGUUGUCUGUGAGGAGCAUCGCAAUCUCAUCGAGAGUAUUUCACGUCAGGUAGUUUUUGAUUGUGCCGCCGCCACAUCUGUGAUGUCCACAAAUGCCUUGGCAUUUUUGUUGCUCACACGUUAUCGCAAUGGCGCCGAGGAGCAACUGAUUGCAGCUGCCUUAGAUGAUCUGCGGAAUUCGCUGUCGGGCUGCAAAGACUUGGGUUUCUCCGGCGAAUCUUCACACAUUGUGGCCUACGCCUGCGACCUGCUAGGAAAAGGUUUGGUGACGCGAACGCGCGACGAGAAUGGACGCGUUUUUAUACGCCCUGUGUCCACAGUGGAGAGCUACAUUGAGCUGGGCUACUAUUCUAACAUGUUGACGCCACACUUUGCCCUCAGCUCCAUAUUGAUGACAACGUUCCACGCGCUGUUGCCAUCCACGAAUUUACCCGAUAAUGUGGCGGAUCAUGCCACAGCCACAGGUGUAACGCGCAAGAAGCUCAUCGACACGGCGCUAGAGAAUUGUCUAGUCUAUCGCUACGAGUUCAUUUUGAACAAGCCCACACAAGUAUUGGAACAAAUGCUGCAGCAUCAACUCGACGAUCUGCUCAUCAGCGGUUUUCUGCGUCGCCCUGAGGUGGAUGAAUCCGAAAAUCAGGCAAGCACACGUCGAUUUGCUCACAAUCUGGGCUUGGAAUUGGAUGAAGAUGAAAUCGAGGCUAACGAGUACAAGCUAGAAGCGGCUGAUAUGCUAUUCUUGUCCAAAGAAACACUGGAGCAACAACGCUUCAUGUGCGAGGUGCUUGCACCAUUUGCUUCCACAUAUCUGGCUGUGGCGCAGGCGCUGCAGAUUCUGCAUCGUAGCUCGAUGCUCGAGUCGGAGUUUAUCAAUUUCGUCAUCAACGAUCUGUCUAACAAAGUCAAGAACGGCAGCUGUGCAUAUGCUGAAAGCAUCUCGACGGAUUCGGUGCGCAAUUGUCUCAAGUUGCUGGAGAAAUGGUCUGUGAUUGAAGUGUGCAACCAGCGUGGCAUGCGUCUGAUCUCCCUCAACACUCUCUAUGAGAUGUCGCGCGAUUCGCUAAACACCAUUGUGAAGAAGAUUGAGGCCGUGAUGCCUCGCUUCAAUAAGGGACACUUUAGCCAAGAAACAAAUGCUCAAUGAUGUGUCUGCUUAAAUGCGUCGUAUAUUUCUUUUCAUCCACCUUCUUUUUUGGCACUCAUUAAUUUUUCUUUUAUAUAAUUUUUCUCUCGACAUAAAAAGUACUACUUAAGUUUAAGGAAAAUGCGCAUACUCUUAGUUCUUAAACAUAAGUUCUAAAAUACAUAUACAUACAUAUGGA